GUGCACAGUUGGUGCAAACGGCCCAAGGGGCGGCAGCUUUCUGGAGAAUGGAUCCAGUGAGAACUCAGUAGGACACUUCCGAUAGUUUUUGGGACUCAGAACGUUAGCAGUAGAGACCACGUCACUCGGUCUACUCCCCCUUUUCCUUCCCUUGUUGGAGCAACAUCCACAGCUUAGAAACAGCUGGAUAAAGAUUUUGGAUCAGAAAAGCGCAAUCAUGAUGACCGGAUUUCGACUAAACCUGUCGCCCCUGAAGGAGCCCAUCGGCUUCGUCAAACUGGUGGAGUGGCUCACAGCCAUAUUUGCUUUUGGCUGCUGCUGUGGAUUUUCAGGGAAGAACGUCAUAUCUAUCCUCUGUGGCGAUGGCAGUAAUGAAACUCUCAAUGCCAUGUAUCAAUACCCAUUUAGGUUAAGCCAGUUCCCGCUCAUUGAUAAAAAUACGACUCUUUGUAACCAAUCUGUCACUACAACACACAUGAUGGGAGACUCGGCCUCCUCGGCGGAGUUCUUUGUAGGUGUUGGGAUUAUCUGCUUCCUUUACAGCAUGGCAGCUUUGCUGGUGUAUUUAGGCUACAUGCACGUCUACAAGGACUCUGACUUUGGACCCAUUUUUGACUUUGUGAUCACAGCGAUCGUGGUUUUCCUGUGGCUGGUGUGUUCAUCCGCCUGGGCUAAAGGCCUGCAGAAUGUAAAGAGUGCCACAGACACUGAAGGCAUCAGUGGCACGCUGGCACUCUGUAAGGGUAGCAACAUCACCUGUGAGGUCACAGAGUUUGCUAACAUGCGGACCCUCAAUAUCUCUGUGGUGUUUGGCUACCUUAACAUGCUUGUGUGGGCCUUCAAUGCUUGGUUUGUGUACAAAGAGACUCGCUGGCACUCCCGGAAAUUUUCAUCCCAGCCUGGACCGGGAAGGCACCAGGUCCCUGCGCCAAUCUAACAUACAGAUACACACAAAGACUCAGUACAAAACACAGAAAAUGUGCACAUGCCACAUACAGAAAAUCACCCUUAAGUGCACACACAUACACACACAUACACAAAGUAUGCAUGCAUGUUAAGUACAUGUGGAGAAAUGAAGAGAUUUUAACACAUAAACACACACACACACACACACACACACACACAAAUACUCUGUGAAAGUGAUGAAGACACACAAAGUGAAGGAUGAAUGGGUAGCUCAUAUUAAAAUGCUGACUGCAGUUAAGUUUUGCAGCAGUACAGAUUUGCAUUGGUGUUUUGUAACCCAAUAUGACCUAAUGUGGUAUCAGGUGGUAGACAAGAAGCCAUCCACACACAAUAGCAGCACCAAUGCAACAAGCAUGCCAAAUCCUUUUAAAUGUGCCUUUGUUCUAUUAUUCUUAAAUGGCUUCAGAUGCUUUGCACACAGUGAUCGAAUCCUAUGACCUGAUUUGGCCUUCAUAGAAGUAUUGCAGUUUAUGAGGUUUUCUGCCUCAUCUGGUUUAUUACACUUAUUUUUACACAGAUGAAUGUAAAGUGCUCAGCCCUUUCUCUGUGACACCACACUUGGACAUUUUAUUUUCUAAGAUCUAAGAUCAACUGCUUUAAGGGCAGUGUGAAAAUCCAAUUUUAUGACCCCUUGUUAACCCUAACUAAAUGUGUUUAUUUACAAAAGUGAGUGUGAUCGAUAUUGCAAAAUGUAAUAUGCAUUUUGCCUUGUAUUUGCACAUUUUUCAAAAUAUUUGUAGAUUAAAAAGAUAUGCCUCAUUCCAAAACCACUUAUUUUACAUCAGUUAACUGACUCCCUCAUACCCUCUAGUGUCAGAAAGAGGGAAUCAGUGAAGUCUGGAUGAAACUCCACUCAUGCCAACCAUUUAUCCUUACAGAUUUUUCUCAGUAAGAAACAGGCAAGCAGCCUGACCUAGUUUAUCUCCAAGGUUAAAAUAACUGUAGUCUAGGACCUUUUUUAUUUUGCACUGAUGAGGUGCUUGUGUGAUUUCAUCAAUGUCGCAUUAAAGGAACAAUUCACCCUCAAAAUCAAAUAUACAUUUUUUUUUCUAGGUGUACUACUAUGUGUCCAUCUUGGCCACAUCC